AUGCCCUGUUUGAGUUUCUUCACCUUUGCUUCCCUCUUUGGGAUCUCUGAUUGGGUGGACAAAAUUCUUUUGCGGGCGCAGAUGACCAUUGUGCACAAUUGGUUUGAUACUCAGCGCAAUGCCACGCUUGAGACCUUUGUGCCAUGCUUCCACUCCAUGUACUUCAGUCAGAUUUCUGAGCCUGAUGAUGCGAUAUUCAGUCUUCGUAUUCCACCCGGACCUCCGACCAUCGACUUCGUUGAAACGGCCCAUACCAAUGACUCUGGGUUCUCAUCACAGCUCCUGCUUGACAUCCACCGCUUGAUUGCAUGCUGGACUGUCGGGAACGCAGAGUGCAACAAGACUGCACUCCCGAAUUCCGCCAGAAAAUUUUUGAAGGAUGCCACUUCCAGCACAAGCUACAGUUCUCGAGCAUGCUUGGCAGUCCGCCAGUCCAAUGUGCUGAAGCGGCUGUGGCAGAAUGCCGUCGAGCAGGGCAAGAAUGUGUUGGAUUCUGCCUUGCUUUGCAAAGAAGCCGAGAAACACCUCCAGCUGAUUGGAGGUAUUUUUGGUGAAGCGUCUGCCGGUCCCAAAGAAGAGCUUCCUCAGGUCCAAAGCGAUGAACUCCUUGAAGCCUUUGAAAAAGUGGCCAGCACCUUCAAGUGUGAGGCUGAGGAUUUGAAGGGUGUGGGCACCACGGAUGCUGUUGCCCUGUCUGAGAAGCUCUUCAAGGCAGUCCAAGAUCUGGAGUCCCACAUCACCGACCGUGGUUCCAAGGAUAUGGAGGAAGGUGAUCGCUUGCUGCGUGGGCUGCGGACUGCGAGUCUCAUAUCCAAGAUGUUGCACGAGCAGGUUGAUCUCUGUGUCGAGAACUUGUUUGAAUUGCUCCACAUCUUGCUGGAUUUCAUGAAGGAGUGCGACAAGGUUGGAGAUGACUCUCUGGGCUCUGAGACCGUUCUCCAGAUUGCAACUCCACUUCUCUUCCACCUUCAGAACCUGAAGUUUGACAAGAAUGCUCCUUCAGACUCACCAUCGCGCAUUGCCUAUCAAGUCCACAGCGGACUUUGUGAGCGGUUGACCAAAAUCCUUGACCGAGUGGGGCUGAAGUGGUUCGAAGAUGCAAUGGCCACUGCCGACAUGUCAGUGGAUGACUUCGUACAAAAGAUGCGGCGCAUCGUCCGAAGGCCAACUCCUUUUUUGGCUUCGUGCGGCUCUACAUGCCACAUGGUGCUUGCUGCCAAAAAUUUGCCAGAGAUCGCGAAUGGCUGGUCUGGUCUUGUUGCUGCUUUGCCUUUGUAUCUCAAGUCGUGUUCCAUUGACAACAGCCUCAUGGAAAAGAUCUCUUCAGAUGCCCACAGCAAAUCUCUGGCUUUUCAAAAGACCUUCGAUGCCCAGUUUCAGGAUUUGGUCACCUGCUUUGUGCAGAAUGUGAAGCAGCUGAAGGGGCUAGACCAGAAGUAU